AGUGUAAAACGUUUCAAUUACUUAUGCAAAAUUAUAUAAUUAAAUACAUCCUUAUUCUUAUUUGUUGAGGCAAGUCGUUAUGUUUUGACCAGAUCAAGUUUCUUGUUUUGUGUAAAGAUCUGGCAACAGUGUUCCGCAUUCACCUCUGCUUCAACACACUACAGUCUGCACGGAAAAAUAAGUGUGAUUGGGUGAGGAUGGUGCUCAGGUGAAUAAAGGUAACGUUAGUGGCAAAUGGACUUCCUCACUCUGUUUGGUAUUUAUGUGGCAGUGGUGCUCACCUGCAUCGCUCUGGUUUGUAAGUAUUCAGGACAUCAGCAGACUCCUCUUGGUCUGCUUUUGAACAAGUUCACAGGGAUCGUCUCGCCAUGGAUCCCACAAUGUAUCCAAAGCUUUUGCUACAGAUUUAUGCACAGGCUGUUCCAUCAAAGGAACAACCUCUUCCUUUUCUUGCACCUGUUACUUGAAGUGGUUGUGUAUGGAGAAUUCUCCUAUGAGGUCUUUGGCUUCUGCUUGGACAUGGGCACCAGUUCAAUCAGUUUGUGCAUUCCUUACGUCCUCCUUGCAGUGAAGUCUUAUCUGUUCUACCUGUGUUGUAGCAGAGACCCAGGCACAUUGACAAAGGCAAACCAUACUGCACAACUAAAGGUCUACCAGUAUGAUGAAAAACUGUUCCAUCAGGGAGUCCGGUGUUCAACCUGUCAGCUGCUCAAACCUGCCCGAUCCAAACACUGCCGGGUUUGCAAUCGAUGUGUGCAGAGAUUCGACCAUCAUUGUGUGUGGGUGAAUAACUGCAUUGGUGCCCAGAACACCAGAUUCUUCCUGCUGUACCUCCUGAGUGUGUGUGCCAUGGCAGCUGAUGUUGCAGUCCUUACAGCAGACAUGUUGCUAAAAGCUGUUCUUCAAACUGGACUCCUGCAUGCUCACUACAUUGAUGAGCAGGGUGAGCAACAGCUCGCUGGACCGAUCUUUAUCAUCCAGCAUCUCUUUCUGACAUUUCCAAGGAUCGUCUUCAUGCUGGGCUUCUUGGUAUUUGUCUUUUUCCUAUUGGCGGGUUAUUUCAUGUUUCACAUGUAUUUGGCUUUGAUAAAUCAAACCUCCAAUGAGUGGUUUAAGGGAAAAGGUCCCAACUGCCAGCAUUGCCAUCCAUACUCUGCACACAACUGCCGGACCUCAUACAACCCAUUUAGAGGUUUCUAUUACAGGGGAAUCCUUAAAAACCUAGGGGAAAUCUUUUGGCCCCUAUGUCCUGCUCAGAAAAAAGAGAACUAGAGAAAGUUCAUUAUUGUUCUUACACCGUGUCUACACCAGCGGUCACAACAGCUCAAGGCUGUCUACACUGGACAUUUGAACUUUGAAAAUCAUUUGAACUUUGUGUUAGUAUGUCAUAAAUAGAACGAGGCAUCAGUUUACUGUCAGGGAUUUGUCGUGUUGCAUCACAUGACGCUGCAUCCAGUGUAGACCACAUCACUGAUUAUAAUGGGUUCUACUGUAUUUUGUGUAGAACCCAAAAAGGGUCCGGUGUAGACAUGGUGUUAUUUUUAACUGUUUGUAUUUAACUCUGUAUCCUAUUUUGUUAAAUGGGGUUUUAAAUAAAAGAUUUCUCAGCAUUAUGUA